GCUGGUUUUGGUUAGCAGCGUGGUGAAGUGAAGGAAAGAUGAGCAGCGACACAAAAGGGAACAACGGUGGCAACGUUGGAGGAGGAUUCAGGUCAAGAUUGAAUCACUAUCUCUAUAGCGGUGACAAAAAACACGUUUUCAUUGGCUUAACUCUCAUCACUGCUGUUUUUACCAUCCCAUGGUUCCUUAUGAAUAGGGGAACCAAACACCAGUCUCAUCAAGAUUACUUGGAAAAAGCUGACAAAGCAAGGAGCCAAAGACUCUCAUCCAGUUCUGCUUCUGCCAAAUGAUCUUCACAUCAUAGUUUUCCAGUAACACUGAAUUAAAAGGCAUUGAAUGAAUGUUUAUCGGAUGUCCUUUUGUCUCUAGUUUUAUUCUUUGAGAUGGAGGUCUAUUAUCCUUUUCCCAUUGUCCUGUACGUUAAAUUGGUCCUUUUCAUUUUUUUUAAACUAAUGAUGUAUAAUAAAUUUUGCCUAUAUAAUAAAUUUGGUU